AUGUAUGUAGUAUAUAUCAGAAACAUAAUCAAGUCGAAAAUAGAAUAUGUACAAUCAACUCAUGGUAAAACUCAUGGUAAAACUCAUGUAUGUUAUGAAGGUUUUCGUUGUUAUUGUCACCAUAAAAAUGAUGAUGAUUUAAAGUAUUGGAAAUGUGUUAAAAAAUCUUGUCGUGUUGGCUUAACAAUAAAACCAAAUGGUACAAUUAAGAAACGUGCUGAUCAUGUGGUUGAAUCAUCAUUACCAAUUGAUGCUAUCGUCGAUCAAACAUAUGCUGGUCUCCAGAAUUCAACCGUAUGCCAAGAUGUUGUAGUUCAGUUACCAUCUAUUGCAACAAUGAGAAAUAAUCUUCAAAAGGAACGUCGCAAAACAGUACCACCACUUCCCAAGAAUAUUACCGAGUUACCACAUCCAAUUCCAAUUAACUACCAAAAGAGUUUAAAUGGCGAAUAA